AUGACUACUCCUCAUGUAAUUGCUUCGUCUUCCCCACAUCCUUCUCAGUCCACAACAUCCAAUGGAAUCGUCGGUAGCCACUACAAAGUUGGGAAGAAGAUCGGUGAAGGUUCAUUCGGUGUUGUGUUCGAAGGAACCAAGAUGAUUUCCAACACACCCGUUGCCAUCAAAUUUGAACCUCGAAAAUCCGAUGCCCCUCAAUUACGGGAUGAGUUCCGCUCUUACAGGACGUUGAAUGGCACCCCGGGUGUUCCGCAAGUACACCAUUUUGGUCAAGAAGGGCUGCACAAUGUCUUGGUCAUUGAUCUCCUUGGUCCAAAUCUUGAAGAUCUGUUUGACAUGUGUGGGCGCAAGUUUUCCGUUAAAACUGUUUGCAUGGCCGCGAAACAAAUGGUUACUCGGGUACAAGCAAUCCAUGAAAAGUCCCUUAUAUACCGCGACAUCAAACCCGAUAACUUCUUGAUCGGUGUACCAGGUUCCAAGACUGCUAACACUAUACACAUUAUUGACUUUGGUAUGGCGAAGCAUUACCGUGACCCGAAAACCAAAAUCCACAUACCUUACAGAGAGCGCAAGUCGCUUUCUGGUACUGCGCGAUACAUGUCCAUCAAUACCCAUUUAGGUCGUGAACAGUCUCGAAGGGAUGACUUAGAAUCUUUGGGUCAUGUAUUCAUGUACUUCCUCCGCGGCGGUCUACCGUGGCAAGGCUUACGUGCUGCAACCAAUAAGCAGAAGUAUGAAAAGAUUGGUGAAAAGAAGCAGACCACCGCCAUUUCGGAAUUAUGUGAAGGUUUCCCCGAGGAGUUUGCAAUUUACAUGAAUUAUGUCCGAAAGCUUGGUUUCGAGGAAACUCCAGACUAUGACUUCCUUCGUGAACUAUUCACCAAGGUUUUGAAGACGCUAGACGAGCCCGACGACGGUGUUUAUGAUUGGAUGCUUCUCAAUGGUGGCAAAGGUUGGGAAGCUACUAAUGUAAAUUCAAAAUCCUCUCCUCACGCAAGCUCUUCGGCAACGCAUCGUGAACACAGGCGAGAACGUGAACAUGGUGCUCACCGACGUGGGUCACGACAGGCUCAAGACCCUACCAAUACUUCAUCGGGACUCGUUGUCAGCCCCGCACCCGCACAUGUCAAAAGCAGUCGACGACCAGCAAAUGGUGAGCGGGGAAAUUCGACGCCUCGUGAUAUAGGAAGCGUUCAGCCUUUGGCACCUGCUAGUCGGCGCGCGAGCCAACAACAACGCGAGGCAAGCGCUCUCGCCAGUGUUGGUAUAUCAACACCUCACCCUUAUGCGACCGCUCCAACUCCUAACGGCUAUCGAAGCAAUCCAGAUCGAACCGCCUUUGGUCGAAGUUCCCCUAUUCCCACUCCGGGGUUGCCAAACGGGAACGGGAACGGCAUACCAAACAAUGGUUCAGAAUCGUUCUUGUAUGGUCAGAUGCCCAAGGGCCCAAAUUCGCGAGAGGGCACGACGACCGGCGGAACAGGUACAAGGGACAUACAUGCACCGGGUCCUGUACGGAGCAUGGCGGUUUAUGAUCAGAUGGGGAGGGUUGGAGAACAGGAUGAAGAUGGUGGUCACGGUCGGAAAAGAGGGUUCUGGGCUGCACUAUGCUGUCGAGGUUAG